CCGCAUUUGGUUGGCCAGCAUGUCCUAGCCGGGUCUGCUGCAUGGAAGAUGCCUGCAGUAACCGCUGCACAAGCGGAGAAUGACCUGGAGAGGCAAGUCCCGGCUUCCAGGGUGUUUCGCGGCAACAGUAUAACAAGAGAUGCGAUUCCAUCGACCUAGCGCAAAGUUACACUAAGGCAGAACGGGCUUCAUGGUGAAGCCAACUUGCCAUCAAUGGAGCUCGAGACUGUGAUUCCACAGACAGUUGGCGCCAGAGCCCCAAACGAAGGGCAGCGAGGCCAACUCUGGUGGAGGAUCUGUGCAAUAUCGCUGUGCACUGGGCUGAUGGCUGCCGUUUGCUUUGUUCUUGGCUCCAUUCUGGGUGCUGUCAUGGGGGAGUCGCAAUGGUCACCAGAAGUUAUGGACUUCACGAACUUUAUAGGCAUCUUAGUGCUGUUCGUUGGUAUGGCUGGAGCUGGCUGCGUGACGCUGAAGCUUACUGCUUCAGAGGAUGCUCGCUCUCAGAGUCCCGCAAAAUACCGCAUAUGGGCACGAAUGCCUUUUCGAGCUAUACAGAUGGGCGCAGCCCCCCCCGCUUUCCAGACUUAUGCAGUUCAAGCCAGUGGACAAUACGAAUGGUACGGACCAGCAUUGCUCAAGAAGGCCACCGAGAUCAGCCUGGCUAGGGAUGAGGCAGUCAGCUGCACAUGCUGCCUCUCGGAGUUUGGCGCUCUUGAUACAGUGGCCGUGCUACCGUGUGGUCACUUUUUCUGCGAGCCUUGUAUAGCGGCUUGGGCUGCUUCUCGCUCCACUCAAUCGAGCAAGUGCCCCCUGUGCCGUGUGACAUUCGACCUAAUGGCGGCAGCUGAAGGGUCCGCAGAAAGCGUUUGAGAGUAACAGGGCAUGGUCUGCGAUUUGGCAUUUGGUUCACUUGCUUCGCACUCCUUAGCCUUAGCGUGACCAUACGAGAUGCACCAGGGAAGUUCGGACUGUGGCCCUGCAACACGUUUUGUGCUUGUGGCA